AUGUUGCAAGAUAGCGAUAGCAGUAGUGGCAAAAGAAAAUCAAGAAAACAUAGAUCUUAUUCGUCUGAAGAUAGCGAUAGUAGUAAUGGCAAAAAAAAAUCAGAGAAAGUCAAAAAAUCGAAAAAAGAUAAAAAGGAUCGAGACCGACAUAAAGAUAAAUUGUCUUACAUUGAAUUAUCAGCAUAUUCGAAUACAGAUAAUCCUUUCGGCGAUGCUAAUCUUGGUAUAAAAUUUGAAUGGACUAAGAAAAAAGAACGUGAAAAGAAGCAGGGAAUAUCACCAGAAGAGGCUUUACGUAGGGAGAAAGAACGACGUGAAGAAACACAGCUUGAACUUGAAAAGUUAAAUAAAAGGAGGGCUGAACGUGAAAUAGAACGACAAUUACGUGAAGAAGAACUUGCUCGGAUGCAACGUGAUGCUGAAAUUGCUGCAAUGGGUGAUUGGGCGUCAAAAGAAGAUGAGUUCCAUCUUGAACAAGCAAAACGACGCGCGGAAAUUAGAAUCAAAGAAAAUCGUGCAAAACCGAUCGAUAUUCUUGCUAUUAAUUUACGAUUGGCUGAUGAAUCCGAAGUUGUUGAUGAUGCUCUGGAGAUUGAUAUGGAUGAACCAUAUACUAUAUUUGAGGCAAUGAUUGUAGUAUGCGAGGAUAAACUUUCCGAGCUCCAAGAGGAAGAAAAGAAUCAUGCUAUGAAUAUGAAUAUUAUAGCACCUGUAAGAGAUGACAUUAACAAUUUAUUUUCCGGAAAGACCUAUGAACAGCUAAAUGUAUUACAAGCUCAAAUUCAACAAAAACUAUCCGGAAAAGAAGCUGUAGAAGUAGAAUUUUGGGAACAGCAGUUGAAAGCACUGACAGUUUGGAAAUCAAAAGCUAAACUGAAAGCAAUGCAUGAGAUUGUGUUACGAAAAAGGUUAGAACAACUUCGCAGAAAACAGAGACAAGAAGCUAUUAAAGUGCAAGAAGAGCUAGAAUCUGCCCUUGCAUCACAUCAUCAUAUUCAAAUGGAAUCUGAAGGGCAAGAAGCUAUGACUGAGGAAGAUGUUAUUUCUGAAUAUGCGAUUGGAGAAUAUGAUAGAUCUAUGAGUCCUAGACCGAUGUCAAGAUUGUCCAAAGAAGAUAAACAGUAUGAAAUUAUUGAUCCAGAUGAGGAUUUAAGGGAAUUGAAAGAAAAACGUAAAGAAGUACUGCGUAACCAAUUUAUUCCUAUGAAGGUUCAACCAAAAAAACAAACUAUUGAAGAAGAGGAAGAAUCUGUAGUUUCAAAGGCAUUGUAUGAACGGGAAGCAGCUAAAGAACUAGAUGAAGAUGAAGCAAUAUUCAAUAUAGAAGAAGAAUUGGCCAAAACGACUUAUUUAUGGCAAGAUAAAUACAGACCACGUAAACCUCGAUACUUCAAUCGUGUUCACACAGGAUACGAAUGGAACAAAUAUAAUCAAACGCAUUAUGACAGUGAUAACCCUCCACCGAAAGUUGUGCAAGGAUAUAAAUUCAACAUAUUUUAUCCAGAUUUGAUUGACAAAACUAAAGCACCUACAUACAAAAUUGAGAGAGAAUCUGGCAAUAAUGAUACUGUAUUAAUACGUUUCGUAGCUGGUCCUCCUUAUGAGGAUAUUGCUUUUCGAAUUGUUAAUCGAGAAUGGGAAUAUUCACAUAAAAAGGGAUUCAAAUCGAGCUUUGAUCGUGGAUGCGAACGAUCUGAAGAUACUUGGGCACGUACAAUUCCUGAUAAACUUCCUUCUCGAGUAGUUCCUUCAUUUAUUAUUGAAUCUUCAAACUUUAACAUCGAAACCAUCGGAACAACUGAAACCAUCGAAACGGCAGAAAUAAUCGAAGCAACGCCUGUUCAAAAUUUUGAAACCUGA